AUGAAUACAACAUAAUUAGUACCAACAUAUGAUGAUGUUCGUACAGGCAAAACAUGGGUAGGAGGACCAACCUACGAAAUACAAAAGUAGCAUAUUCCAGGAUAUUAAGGACAUGUGAAAGCAUUAGAAGCUGAAAGUUAACACGGCAAAACAUUUGCAAAAAUAACAGCUGAAUGUAUAAAUAAUAGAUAUAAAAGUGGUUUCAUAAUAGAUUAAGAAGAAUAAUUUAAAACUAAUUAUAAAUUAGAAUUUUAAAAGCCAAAUUUAAGAAAUAAUCCUGCUUUUUCAUAAUAUAGUAAUAUUAAUGAAAAAUAAAAAAUUGAUGAAAUUGAAAGACUUGAAUUAAUUAAAACAUAACUUUUAGCUUAACCAAGAAGUAUUGAUGAUGUUCCUCCUAUUGAUAGAGUACAUGUUAUUGGUUAUUAAGGAUUUAAACCAGUGUAUAGAUAUCCAAUUAAAUAAAUAAAGCCAUAAUCAGUAGAAGAAAUUAAUUAAUAAGCAUAAACUAUUUUGGCUUUAACUAAAGGAGAUUUAAAUCCACCAAAAGAAGUGCCUGUUGUAGGUUAUUCAGGAUUUUAAAAAAGUAUUAAAUCAGAAAAUAUGUUUGGAAAAACAUUCAAGGAAUUAAGCAAUUUAAGCAAUAAAUAGUACUGA